UGUAGUUAUAUAAAAUGUGAAUAAUUUUAGUAGAUAUUUAAACACGUAUAAAUAAUUCAAUAAAAACGUUUAAAACGUCGGAAACUGCUUCUCAACCAGUAUACUUAUUUAAAAGUUCAUACCGGUCACAAUGACGGAUUAUUAUUACUGAAUUGUAACCUUAUAAAACGUGAGUGACAAAUAAAAUCGUCAGAACAAUGGCGAUCAGCAACCUGAUGCGUGUGUCUAGGAGUCAUAAUUUCAUUCUUACAAAGUUCCAAUUCCGACAGCUUAGUGCUUUUGCAGACUUUAAGAAAAUAGCUGCUGAUAACGAUAAGUAUAGGAAACCAGUUGGAGUCGAACUUAUGCUUGGGAUGACGGAAUUCUACACCAACAAAAAAGCAAAGUUAGUUGAUGAAAAGUAAAAUGUUGUUGUGUUGAUUAGAACUGUUUAGAAUGCAAUCUAUCUGAGCUGCUUUUAAGUGUGAUAGUGUUAUAACACAGUCGUGAUUAAAGGGUUUCGAGGGUGAUGCGUUUCAAGUACGCUGGUUGAAAGAGAGAGAGGGUCACAAUAGCAUUUACAUUUUAAUGUUUUCGUAUCCUUCUUUUGACGGUGAUGUUUCAUUGUCCACUUCGUAUUGUAUAUUCAUAUCGCAAGUAGAAAAAUUUGCUCAAGUAUGUUCGCGCACGGACUCGUAUUUUUUAUGUUGUUUUAAACUGAAUACUGAUUAACAGUCAAAAACAUACCUUAAAAAAAUCCAAAUUCUUCGAUAAGCAUUAAGAUAUAGUAUCUAUAUAAAAAUUCACUUCCAAAUCCUUGAUCGUUUCUGGAAUUAUCCAUCCUGAUUCCUAUGGCGAUGUUGUUGUGGGGUUUUUUACCGAUUACUUAAAAUGCAUUCCUUAUUUAAAACGAAUCAAUGACCUUGUAAAUACUUACAUGAACUGCAUGGGGUUAUGUUGGUAUAGAUUUGCAGGAUACAUGACUGAUAAUCCCUUAAAGAUAAUAAAAAUCAGUGUUAAUCUUAACUUACUGCGACUUACAUUUGAGACUUUAAUUCCUCCUUGCAGUGGGGUUAGUUUUUGUGACCCCCUUUAUUUCGCUCUAGUUCUUCUAAGCUAAAAUCAGUUAUUGAUAAUCAUUUUAACUAGUCUGAAUUCUCAGCACGCCUGCUUUCGAAUUCACUCUUACCUGCCUGCAACGUUAGAUCGACGAACUUUGUCAGAAAGCUGUCUUUGUAUUAUUCUAUCGUACAUUUGUUGGAAAAAAUGGCUUGGUCUAUUUGUUGACAGGCGACAUCUUUAUUCUCUAAGCCCGUCUGCAGCAUACAGCCAUUUUGAAAAAAAUGGCCGAGGAGUUCCGAAUGGCAUACAGCGUGUUUCAAGCAGAGCCGCAAUAAGAAUUUGAAGGCGCGUCCAACAAAGUUUCAAAUAAACCAGCCAACAGUGUAAAAAAAUAGCAGAAAAAAGGCACUUUAACUAAAAAUCGCAUUUUAAUAUUUUCAGAUACAGAUAAUGCCCAAUGACCUCAUGUGUCUUCAAGACAGAAUUUUGACCCUUUGUUAUUCGAAACUACAACACAUUUACUAACUGUUGCUUGCUACGAUCGCACUGUUCGAACAGUUUAUUGUAUGAAAUCGUACCCGUAAAAUGAUGAUAGGUCUCCAAAAAGUACAUAUAAAGUCAAACUUUAGCAAAUGUGCCUGUAGCGUAACCAUUCUUAAAUAUCUGUUUUGAUAACUUUAGGAAUACUGCAUAUAUUAUGUCGAAAACAGAUACACCAGAGAAAACAUAAUUAUAGUUGUUUCUCAAUGGACAAUCGUAUUCACUGAGCAUUUACUCAAAAAGGUCCAUUUAACCUUGACACCGAGCAGGAUACGUUUGCAAAUCUUGUUUAUCUAAAGUGGCAAAGACAGUUAUAAAAAUAAAACGAUUUACACCGAAAACCAAAUGAAAAUACAAACGAAACCUUUCAUGAUUACCCAUCAUUUAGGUAUAUAUCCUGAUUGAUUCAGUUAUCGGUGUUGCCGAAUGUGCCAAAAAAUACUGUGUGUUUAUUGCAAUGUGUACACAUUCAAUCAUUAUAAAUGAAAUAUAUUAAAUACAUGUAUAUACAUUUUGUUAGUUGUUAACAAAGAAAUGAUUUCCUUUCAUAUCAUAGUUUUUUAAAUUACCUAUGCAUGUAUCUCGUUGAGUGCUCUUUUGGUAUAAACGUGCAUUGUAAUAUGCACUUUUGUCUUGAUUAUGCUUAUUUUUUCGUCACACAUACAUAUCAUAUGAUUGAUAAGGAUCAGCUUUGUUUACUUUAUUAUCUUUUUUAAGACCUGCAUAUCUUGGAUGCUGGCUGUGGAACAGGCAUCUAUACCAGAUCAAUGUUCGAUAUGGGAGUCGGUAGGAUGGCUCUGCUGGAUGCUUCCGCAGAUAUGCUGUGUGUUGCAAGAGAAAAGUUUGCUGUAGAAAUAAAAGCUAAUAAGGUAUCUGCAAUUGCCCAGACUUCUUUGCCGAAAAUACCAUUUGAUGACGGCACAUUUGAUGCUGUCCUCCUCAACACGGUAUUGCACCAUUUACCAAGUGGUAGUGGAAGGAAUUUCUUCCACGCAGUUGAGACCCUGAAGGAAGCACGCCGAGUUUUGCAACCAGAUGGAGUUAUUGCUAUAACAUUACUGCUGGAUACGUCUAGCACGAAUGCGUGGUUUCUAAACCUUUCCCCCGAAAUACUUGAUAAGAUUUGCAGCGUUUCGCCAUCGGCAGAAGAAUGGAAUAAAAUGGUUUUUGCAGCUGGCCUUAAAUGCUUGUUAAAGACAAAUUUGCAUGGAUUCGGACUGCUUGGGGACGAAGACUAUAUUGAAUAUAAUAACAUAUUUAAGCAGGAAUGGCGAAAUAGCAUUGUUAUGUUUGAGCAUACAACGAAAGAAGAAAUUGAGCAUGUAAGCCAAAAGGUUAAAUCUCUUCACAUGAAGGGUGAGAUUAAGGGGUGGAUUAAAGACCACGACAAAACACAGCAGUUCGGUUUUAUUUCUCUGUUUCUUUGUCAGUGAAUGAAGAACUAGUAUAGGACCAUGACAUAUUUGUAAAUCCUCAAGAGAAGAGUCGAAACAUUCUACAACGCUCAGACCUGCUGUUUUUUAGGUAGUUUGUCUGUUUUGUUGAUUUUUAAGCCUCUUUUGUAAUCAGGCUUUCAUAAAAUAGUGUCUGCAGAUGAAGGGAAGAUAAACACACUGUGCAAUGUUGUCAGUUGACUUCAUUAUUAAAGUAAAUGUUUAGUUUAUGUUAAUGUUUAUUCAUGAGAAAGCGAUCAUCAUUAUGCAAUUAUAAUUUAUAUAAAUAGAUAUAUAUAAUUAUGUCAACGUUUAGACGUUAUUUAGUUUUAGUAUACCAUUUUAGA